CUCUAACGCAACAAAGCCUUCAUUUUCUCUAUUUUUUCCAUGUUGUUGAUAUAUCUCGAAUAAAUGAAUGAAUGACUGAAUGAAUGAGUGUAUGAGUCCACGUGUGAGUGAAAUAAAGAUAGAUUGAAUGAAAGUUAGUGGAGAAAUAAAUAUAGAUUGAAUGAAAGUUAGUGGAGGAAAGGCAAAUUUUUCUUGGUGUCUAAAGACUUCACAAGAAUCAGGAAAUUAUUUCUUAGAGUUUUCAAGUUUUCAGACAGUUUUAAACGAAAUCGAGAACGUUAUUUUGAUGAAUUGAACCGAUUCAUUUCACGGCAAAAUUACCUAAAUUCAACAACUCAAAAUCUUUUGGCUAAUAUUACUUCAGGGACCUACCAAAAUUGCCGAGGAAAAAUUAUUUAACGACGAUUAGGGGUUCAUAUCGUAGAUAUUAAUACUAGGCUUUUAUAGACAUAAAUAAUUUAGAAAAAAAAGAUAGUAUUUUUGUAUUUUUUCCGUCAAUAUGAAGUUAUAUUCGGCUAGUAUUUUCUACGUUAGUGAGUCAGAAGCCGGUGAGAAAGCUGCCAAGAGACUCGUCUGCGUUCAUGAUUUGACAAGUUUCGGCUAUUUCCAACAGAACAGCAUCAGAGAGUUUAUGAACUUCAGUGGAAAGGUUUUGGCUGAGAAGAGCGAAAACGAUAGGCACAUGUCUGUACAAGAGAAUGAUUACGUGUGCCACGUCCACAGCUGUCCGAACGGGAUUGUAGGAAUACUCAUUUCAGACGCAGAAUAUCCAGCCCGUGUCGCCCUAUCUAUCGUGGCUAAAUUCACAGAAGACUUCACGAAGAAAUUUUCAAUUGAUACGUGUAAAAGUACUACUUCGAACACUCUACAAUUCAAAGACAUCGACAUGGUUCUCGUCAAGUACCAAGAUCCAAAAUCGGCUGAUCAGAUUCUUAGGUUGCAAAGCAGUGUUGAACAGACUAAGGAGAUCAUGCACUGCAAUUUCGAAUCUUUAUUGAAACGAGACGAGAAACUGGACGACCUGGUGGCACAGUCCGAGGAGUUGAGCCUGUCGGCCAAGGCGUUUUACGUUACGGCCAAGAAAACGAACAAGUGCUGUGCAAUCAUCUGAUGGGCCAAUUAUAUUUUUAAAUUAUUUGAUUUAACUUUCAUUAUAAUAAAUAUUAUUAUCAUAAUAUUAAUUAUUAUUAUUAUUACUAUUUAUUUUUAAAAAUAAUGAAAAUGUAUAUUUUUUCGUGUAUACACGUCUCGUAUUCUUAGUAUGAAGACCAACGGCAUUGAUAUUUAUUUUUAUUUGAUGAAAUUGUUUACACACACCGUACACACCACACAUACACAAACAUACGCACACACACGCACGCACACACACACAUACGUGUACUUGUUAUCAGAGAUUUAUUUUAGUAUUUGGUGUGAUGAUAGAAAAGAAAAUAGUUUUCUUAAAAAUGUUCA